UCUGCGUCCAGCAACGCAGCAGCCGCUCGGCGCCAUGAGCCGGAGGAGUCUCUCGCUCCGGUUCCCGUUGCUGUUGCUCCUGCUGCCGCCGCCCCCGGUCCUGCCCGCGGACCCCGGGGCUCCCGCGCCGGUGAACCCAUGUUGUUACUAUCCAUGCCAGCACCAGGGAAUCUGUGUCCGCUUUGGCCUUGACCGCUACCAGUGUGACUGCACCCGCACGGGCUAUUCCGGCCCCAACUGCACCGUCCCUGAGCUGUGGACCUGGCUCCGGAAUUCAUUGCGGCCCAGCCCCUCUCUCUUCCACUUCCUGCUGACACAUGGGCGCUGGUUCUGGGAGUUCAUCAAUGCCACCUUCAUCCGAGACACACUCAUGCGCCUGGUACUCACAGUGCGUUCCAACCGUAUCCCCAGCCCCCCCACCUACAACUUAGCCCAUGACUACAUCAGCUGGGAGUCCUUCUCCAACGUGAGCUAUUAUACCCGUAUUCUGCCCUCUGUGCCUGAAGACUGCCCUACGCCCAUGGGAACCAAAGGGAAGAAGCAGCUGCCAGACGCCCAGCUCCUUAGCCGUCGCCUCCUGCUCAGGAGGAAGUUCAUACCUGACCCCCAGGGCACCAACCUCAUGUUUGCCUUCUUUGCACAACACUUCACCCACCAGUUCUUCAAAACUUCUGGCAAGAUGGGCCCUGGCUUCACCAAGGCCUUGGGCCAUGGAGUAGACCUUGGCCACAUUUAUGGAGACAAUCUAGAACGUCAGUAUCACCUGCGGCUCUUUAAAGAUGGGAAACUCAAGUACCAGGUGCUGGACGGAGAGGUGUACCCGCCGUCCGUAGAAGAGGCGCCUGUGCUGAUGCGCUACCCACAGGGCGUCCCGCCCUCGAGCCAGAUGGCUGUGGGCCAGGAGGUGUUUGGGCUGCUUCCCGGGCUCAUGCUCUAUGCCACGCUCUGGCUGCGUGAGCACAACCGUGUGUGCGACCUGCUAAAGGCUGAGCACCCCACCUGGGACGAUGAGCAGCUCUUCCAGACGACCCGCCUUAUCCUCAUAGGGGAGACCAUCAAGAUUGUCAUCGAGGAGUACGUGCAGCAGCUGAGUGGCUACUUCCUGCAGCUGAAGUUUGACCCAGAGCUGCUGUUCGGUGCCCAGUUCCAGUACCGCAACCGCAUUGCCGUGGAGUUCAACCAACUCUACCACUGGCACCCACUCAUGCCCGACUCCUUCAAGGUGGGCUCCCAAGAGUACAGCUACAAGCAGUUCUUGUUCAACACCUCCAUGCUGGUAGACUAUGGGGUCGAGGCCCUGGUGGACGCCUUCUCUCGCCAGAGCGCUGGCCGGAUUGGUGGGGGCCGGAACAUGGACCACCAUGUUCUGCACGUGGCCGUGGACGUCAUCAAGGAUUCUCGAGAGAUGCGGCUGCAGCCGUUCAAUGAGUACCGCAAGAGGUUUGGGAUGAAGCCCUACACCUCCUUCCAGGAGCUCACAGGAGAGAAGGAGAUGGCUGCUGAGUUGGAAGACUUAUAUGGAGACAUUGAUGCCUUGGAGUUCUUCCCGGGGCUGCUGCUUGAAAAGUGCCUGCCAAACUCCAUCUUUGGGGAGAGUAUGAUAGAGAUUGGGGCUCCAUUUUCCCUCAAGGGUCUCCUAGGGAAUCCCAUCUGUUCUCCGGAGUACUGGAAGCCAAGCACAUUUGGUGGCGAGAUGGGCUUCAAUCUUGUCAAGACAGCCUCAUUGAAGAAGCUGGUCUGCCUCAACACCAAGACCUGUCCCUAUGUUUCCUUCCAUGUGCCUGACUCCAGUUGGGACCACGGGCCUGUUGUGGAGCGACCACCCACGGAGCUCUGAGGGUCAGGGAAACAGCAUUCUGGAGGGCAGGGCUUUGCGCUUGUCAUUCCAGAAUGCUGAGGCCAGGGUUGAUAGUCUUGAAUGCCGGUUUUCUGAUUUGGCAUUGGGAGUGUUGGGGUUAACAUUUUGAACUUUGGGUCUCACCCAUUAUCUGGAAUAUUGCGAUUUUGUGUGUCAUUCUAGAAUGCUGAAUUCCUUGUUAACCCUUUAGAGAGUUAGGAGUGUUUCUCACUGAGCCUGCCAGAACACUUGGUUCCUGGUUGACAAACUAGAAUGUCAGAUUUCUGGUUGAUUUGGAAUAUAGGCAUUCUAGAAUAUGGAGCUCCUGAUGAAAUCUUCUAGGGGGUUCUUAUUUUGUAUUCUAAAAAUCUAGGUGCCCCUCCAGAAUGUUGACUUUCUGACUGGUGAUUCUGAAACAUUGUGUUCCUGGUCGGUGAUCUGGAACAGUGCCUGGUAUGCCAGAUCAGUCCUGACGUGAAUGUUUAGAAUGUUGAUUUGAUUCCAUUUCCAGUUCAGCCAGAUAUCCAUAGAGCAGGAGAACCUAAUGUCCAGCAAAAAUUUAUUGCCUGAAUCUGUUCUUGCACUGAGGAGGCAAGGAGGUGGGGCAUUCUUCUUGGGACCCCCACUUAGACCCUAGUCCAAGGAAGUAGAGAGAAUAGGUGGGCUUUUUCCAUGCUGUUAGUUGGAAGCCACCAGAGCUCUGUCCCUAUCCAGGUCUUGACUCACGGCAGCUGUUUCUCAUGAAGACAAUA